CCUCGGCUGCCCUGCGAGGCCCUCGCCGUCCGGCACGAUGGACAAGGUGGAGCAGACCGUGGAGCGAGCAAGAGCUGCUUUCGGCUCUGGCCGGUCGCGGGCGGUGGAGUUCAGGAUCCAGCAGCUGAAGGCCCUGGAGCGCAUGAUCAAGGAGCGGGAGAGGGAAAUCCUAGCAGCCAUCAAUGCAGACAUCAAAAAGAACGAGUACAGUGCCUACAAUCAUGAGAUCCUGGGACUCCUGGGGGAGCUUGCCUUGGUCACAGACAAACUGCCGUCGUGGGCUGCACCCCAGCCUGUGGAAAAGACCAUCCUGACGCUGACGGAUGAGGCCUACAUCCACCAUGAGCCGCUGGGCGUGGUGCUGGUUAUCGGGGCCUGGAACUACCCCUUCGUAUUGGUGAUCCAGCCACUGAUAGGGGCUAUUGCGGCAGGAAAUGCUGUGGUGAUUAAGCCAUCGGAGUUAAGCGAGCACACGGCAAACCUCAUUGCCAAGCUGAUCCCGCAGUAUCUUGACCCGGAGCUGUACCAGGUGGUCAAUGGUGGCAUUCCUGAGACAACCGAGCUGCUGAAGCAGAGGUUCGAUUACAUCUUCUACACCGGGAAUCCCGUGGUGGGCAAAAUUGUCAUGGAAGCUGCCGCCAAGCACCUCACCCCUGUUACACUUGAACUGGGGGGGAAGAGUCCGUGCUACAUAGACAAGGACUGCGACAUUGAUGUUGCCUGCAGGCGCAUAACGUGGGGGAAGUACGCAAACUGUGGGCAAACCUGCAUUGCCCCGGAUUACGUCCUCUGCGACCAGGCCAUCCAGAGCAGAGUGGUGGAGAACAUCAAGAAGACCCUGAAGGAAUUCUACGGGGAAGAUGUGAAAAAUUCCUCAGAUUAUGAAAGGAUCAUCAACAAGCGCCACUUCAAAAGGGUGAUGAGUCUGCUGGAAGGGCAGAAGAUAGCACAUGGAGGGGAGGCUGACGAGGCCACCUGCUUUAUAGCUCCAACGAUACUCACCAGCGUGAACCCGGAAUCCAGGAUCAUGCAGGAGGAGAUUUUUGGGCCUGUCCUUCCCAUCGUGACUGUGAAGAAUGUGGAUGAGGCCAUUCAGUUCAUAAAUCAGCGGGAGAAACCACUCGCCUUGUAUGUAUUUUCCCAUGACAAAAAGCUGAUCAAACGGGUGAUUGCGGAGACCUCCAGCGGUGGCGUGACAGCGAACGAUGUCAUCAUGCAUUACUCCCUCCCAAGCCUGCCCUUCGGCGGAGUUGGGACCAGCGGGAUGGGUGCUUACCAUGGCAGGCACAGCUUUGAGACCUUCUCCCAUCGCCGCGCCUGCCUGAUCAAGUCGCUGGGCUUGGAAGGCGCGAACAAAAUCCGAUACCCGCCCGGCAGCCAGAAGAAAGUGGACUGGGCGAAGUUCAUCCUCUUGAAGAAGUUUAACAAAGGCAAAAUCGGCCUGAUCGUCAUGGCAGUGCUGGGGGUCCUGGCAGCCCUUCUAGUCAAGAAUCACCAGCCCCUGCUGAGGAGAAAAGCCCUCUUGGCUGUGCUGGCAGGUCAAAGACUGGCUCAGCUCUAUAAGUACUGAUGAGCAGUGGGGUUUCAAACCCAGCCAUUGCUGUGAGCAAGAUGGCUCGCUAGUAAGAGACCUGACAUGGCUGGCUGUGAAACACAUGCUGUCCCUGGACCCUCAGCACCUGCUUCCCGUAUUCAUGUCUUUGCUUACGAGGUUCUUCCUCUUUCUGUGAGAUGUCAAGCACACAAAGCAUAAAUGCACUAAUCGAUGCCGGGGGGCCCAGACUCUCAUUCGGACACCAGUGGGCAGAAACCAUCGAUCGUGCCAUUGGCAAGGAGGUAAAGGAGAAUGGCCAAGCAGGAAGCCAGCUCCCUCCCUCUGCAGCUCCCCCUGGGCUUAUGACAUAGCUGCGAAGACCUUGCCUUCUGCUUGUGCCCAUGCCCGAAUAGCAGCUCCUGAACUCCUGCUCGGCUUUAAGGGACCAGCAGUUGGAUUUCGAACUCGGUUUUGUGAGCUGUCUCAGGUCGCAGCUGCUGCCCCCUCCCUCCCACCUCCCCAAAAGGAGAAAACUUGGACCUGAAUGAUCUUAACUGAAAGAGCAAACACAGCAAGAGCAGCAGUGCCUUCCAUAGCCCCAGGAGCAGCCGGAGGCCAAGUAUCUACUCGGCUCUUUCCGAGGUCUCAGCCAUCGUGUUCCCAGAGUUAGUCGGGCGCGUGCUCCACUUCUGGUGGGGUAAAUUUCCGGUGGCGUUAAAGGCCGGUCCCAAACGAACGUGCGUGGAGGCUCCUGCGUGCCGCCUUCGCUUCACCCGUCAUCUUUCAGACGAGUACUUCCAGCACGUGGCCCUGUGAUUCAGUCUGGCUGCAGGUGUCACAGCAAAAGUUUCGCGACAGCUUGCGGGGAGUUCCCCCGUGUUGUUGUGAGAGACUCUGUGAUGCCCUGCAAUCCUGCGCUCGCAGGAGGCGACGCUACGAAGGAGUUGCGCCAAGCGCGUUUCCACUCACUGCUGGAGAGACCCUGGAAGGCGCGACUGCUUGCCUCUGACUGGAGUUGCAUGAGCCCGGUCCAGCUGAAGAGGGAGAUGUGGGACAAAGAUGGGCAUGCUGGGUCCCAGCUUUCUAAAAGAGCUUUUUUUCUUUCCUUACUAAAAAGCAACAGGAGACCUGAUGUGUUACUAUGAAAGAAGCGAUUCUAGAAAGCCAUUGGCCUCAUCUCCCGAGAUGAGUUGCGUUCAGUGAAACCUGCCUGCCAAGCCAGGUAUUAAAAAUUGUUUAUUUAGUGUUUGCAAAAUCUAA